AUCAAGCAAUGGUCAAUAUUUUCAAAAAAAAUACAACAAAGAUGCUUUUCUUUACAUUUACGUUUUAAGUCUUAUAGCCAUCAUUUAACUGUUAAGGGGUUGCAAACUACUAGGCAAUAAAAUUUGAUACAUUGAGCGUGUAGUCUUUAUUGCAGUCGAAUAUUUAUUAAAACAUUUUAGGAAACGUUAUUAGAACAGUCUCGCACGACGUCAUUUUGUUGUUUCUAUCUAAAUAGUAAAUAAAAAAUGUAGGUGCUUCAGUGAUUUUAUUUAAAGACAACGGUAUUCAAGAAAUAGUACAUAGGAAUAAACAAUGUAAUUUGUGCGUUUACUUAUUUAUAAGUACAUAUUUUGAAUUACAAUGGGAGUGUGUAAGUGUGGUAAAUGUGUAAGCACUCAAUAUAAUUUUUCCUGCUAAGUAUAGCUUUAAAAAUAUUCCAAGCCUUUUUUAAGUGCCCUUAUAUCAGUUUUUGACGUUUUCAAAAAAUAUAACCAACAAAUUGUUUUUUUUUGUAUUUUUCUUUAAUGAAAAGUGCGAAGGAGACCAGGACAUACAUGGUGGAGGCGCCAAUCGUAUCAGCGAUACAGGUGGACUCUUAAAGCGAGACUAAAGAAAUUGUCAAAUUGACUUGAUAAUAAAUAAUUUAUUUACCUUAUAUUCAUUCAACUUAAUUUUUUCUUUUCAAAAGUGGCCCUAAAACCAUUUUUGAUUUUAUCCAAAAAAAAUUAUAAUUAACAAAAAUGCAACUUAAAUUGAUUAGAUUGUACCUUGGUCUCGUGGUGACGUCAAACCCAACCACCAUUAGACGUCUUACCCUUCACUUUUCACUUGUUUUGGAAAAUACAGCCGCCACGUAGGCACGCCAUUUUCUAAUUACUUUUUGAAGAAGAAAAGCGUUGUUGUGCAAAAUGUGUUUUCUACGCAACAUCUAUUUGCGUGUACGGGGGUGUUUCUAUGGACGCAGGCUCGAGGAGGACGUGGAGAACACCCCCCACACCCGUCCCCGUGCCCCCGCCGGUCCCCGUCAGCCCGCCGGUCACCGUCCCCCCGCCCGUCACCGUUUCCCCGCCCCCCUUCAGGCGUGUUUUCGCCGACUAUUCCACCCCCAUGCCCGUUCUGCCUAAACCUCGUCCGAUACUAGCUUUUAUGGAAGAAGAUAAACGGGACCGGGAGGAAGAGAUUUCCCUCAGGGACUACUGGGGACCCUCCCAGAUUUCCCCCAGGCACACCUGGGGACCCUCCCAGAUUUCCCCCAGGGACAACUGGGGACCCUCCCAGAUUUCCCCCAGGGACAACUGGGCACCCUCCCAGAUUUCCCCCAGGGACAACUGGGGACCCCCCGAGAUUUCCCCCAGGGACACCCGGGGACCCGCCCCUCGGCCGCGCCGCCCGGAGCCACCCCUUCGCAUACGUCCCCGGCCCCGACGAUUUGCUCCAUACUAAAAAUUAAUAAUAAUAAAUACCAAUACUAAUACUAAUUGAGUUCUCUUGGCUAAAUAAAUUGAAGUUGUAUUUUG